ACGACAUAGUGACGUGGUUUUUGGUGUUUAACAGCUUCCGCAAAGGUACAGGCACGUAUUAGCUAGUUGUUGAAAAUGGAGGUGUUUGUGAGAGAUUUGACGUACAAAUUCCAGUCUUUUUCCCUUUCUAAUGGCGCUUUAAUCGGACAAUUAGUGCAUAUCUUCGCCGAGAAACAGGCCAUCCCGAAGACUGAUUUCUACAUUAAGUGCAACGGAAGGCUGACGAGAGAGGAUGACACGAUUCGGCCAGGGGUUGUUUACAGCGUGGAGCCUCGGCUUUGCGGAGGGAAAGGAGGUUUUGGUUCUAUGCUUCGAGCUCUGGGGGCGCAGAUUGAGAAGACCACCAAUCGGGAGGCAUGUCGGGAUUUGAGUGGAAGGCGCCUUCGUGAUGUUAACCAUGAGAAAGAGAUGGCAGACUGGAUCAAGAAGCAGGCCGAGAGGGACGCAGAAAAAGAGCAGAGGAGAAUUGAGCGCCUGCAGCGCAAACUCGCUGAACCCAAACAUUACUUCACUGACCCGAACUACGAGCAGCAGUGUCACGAGCUGUCGGAGCGCCUGGAGGACUCUGUGUUGAAAGGUAUGCAAGCUUCCUCAAGUGGUGUGGUGGUAGCAGAAGAAUGUCUUAGUCGGAAACGCCCCAUCGCAAGCAAAGACCUUAAAUCUGGAAAGAAAAAAUGCUUUUGGACUGGUGUUGCAGGGCUAGAGGAUUCUGGCAGUUCAGAUGAAGACAGACUUGAAAGCGACAAGGAAGAAUCUCCCACAACUUCAAGAGUGAGUUUAGGGGAAAUAGGAAGCCCAACACAUAAGGGUAAAGCAAGAGCUGUCUCAAUCCUUAAUGCUGAGGAAGCACCAGCAUCUAGUUCGAAUUGUAGUUCAGGGUCCAACUCUCCUCACAGGAGCCCUGUAGAACUGGUGAAAGAGGAGGCCAUGGUGGUUACAGUGCAAGCCCAGUCAGAUGCAGAGCUGCCAGGAACGAGUGUCUAUGUGGAGGAUGAGAAAAAGGAGACGCAAGAAGAAAAAGAAACCAAUGAGGAGACCCAGGAGACUAGCCUGAAAAGGCUUAGUGACUCUCAGCCUGGUUGUGUGGUACUGCAAUCUGCUGAUAAUGGACCCCUGGAUCUGAUGACAUUCAGCUCUGCUUCAGAAAUGGAAGUGCUGGGACUAGAGAGGAUUAAGACAGAGUUAAUGGCGCUCGGUCUGAAAUGUGGGGGCACCCUGCAGGAGAGAGCUGCAAGGCUCUUCUCAGUCAGGGGCAAAUCAAGAGAUCAGAUUGACCCAGCGUUCUUUGCUAAACCUGUCAAAGGAAAGAAAAAGUGAAAAAAAAUGUGGAUGUUUUAUUGUGCAAAAAAUAAAUAAAUACCAUAAAGGCAAAAAACAAAAA